AUGAUAGACAGAUGGAGGGUGGCGCCAAUGUGCCCAACCCACAAAAGAGGAAAGGUGGACAGAGCGGCAAAUUAUCGGGAAAUGUCGUUGUUGGACAUAGGAUAUAAAAUAUUGAUGGAAGUAAUGGCCAGAAGACUGGAAAGGUGGCUGGAGAGAAUGGGGAACAGACUGAAGAAGAAAAAAGGGAAACUGUAUGUGGCAUUCGUGGACUUCAAGGCGGCAUUUGAUAAAGUGGAUCGAGAAAAGUUGUGGGAAAAAAUGAUGAGCAUGGGAAUAGAGGGAAAUAUUCUGAGAAUCACAAGGAGGAUCUACGAGGAGACAUGGAACAGGGUGAUAACGGGGAAAGGAUUGACGGAGGGGUUUAAAACAGGCAAGGGAGUAAAAGGACCUAAUCGGGUCACUGGAAAGAAAAGGGGCGGGAGGUACGACAAUUGGGAGGGGGAAGGGGGAGAAGGUAUGUACGCUGUUAUAUGCAGACACGACGCAGCAAUAGUAGCCAAGGAGGGAGAAGAACUGACAAACAUGAUGAGAACAAUGGAGCGGUCGACGGAAAAAAAAAGAUGGAAGGAAAAAGAGAGGCAGAGCUUUCAAGGAAGGGAGGUGGAAGUGGUGAAAGAGGUCAAGUACCUGGCGUUCUGUUUCACAACUGCGAACAAGUACAGGGAAAACACGAAGCAGCUAGCGCUAAAAGCACAGAGGCUAGUCGACAAGGCGUGGAGCGAGAUUGAAGAACCUAACGAGAAGGCUAUAUUUUAUGGGAGCAACAGUGAAGGCGGCUGCAUUGUACGGAGUGGUGAUCUGGGGAUGGUGAAGACAGGAGGAGACAGGGUGCAGAAGAGGUACAUUAAAUCGAGUAUGGGGCUGGCAAGGAAUUCACCGGAUUACAUUUGGAGAAUGGAAACGGGAGCAGGAGACAUAGAAACGGAGGCAUUCAGGACAGCAGCAAAGUUCAUGGUCAGGAUCGCAAGAAUGGAAGAGGAACGAUGGGCUAAGAAAUGUCUAAGAGAAUAG